AUGCUGCCGAACAAUGAGGUUCGCGUUUCCCGUCCGCGGAUGGUUCAAUCCGCGGUCCCGCGCGACAUCACCGCUGAAUUCACAGACGCUGCAUCAAAGCUAAAUGGUGGCCAGCUCGUGAAAGAUGAAAUGUUCACGCUAUUCGAAGCAGUGGGCGCACUGGAGAUUAUGGACUCCAAAAUGGAUAGCGGCUAUAUUGCACCCGGCGAAAAUCUUGCGCAGGCGCUCGAAGACGACUACGAUGUACGACAGCCAUUGACACCAGAGGAGGUUGUGGGCUUGAUGGACCAGCUGCUGUGCCAUGAGGUGGCAUGGCAUAAGGGGCAUCCUCUGUCACAAACGCUCUUCACGUCCAUCUACCUCGACAAAUUAUUGUUGCCAGCACCUCGAACGAUGGAGAACGCUCGUUUUGAUCAUGUUCCAAGUGAUUCUCCUUGGGUCAGUCUUGUGCUGCGAGCAUACUGUCUUGCUCUGGUUAAAUCAUGCGACCUGGUCCACGCCCGGGUGGCCACUGAAUAUUAUUAUGAGGAGGAGGAUUUUGUCAGUCAAUUAUACAACCGGAACCUGCUAUCUUCAUUCCACAUUUCCCACUUCCACCGUCUGCUGGACCAGGCGGUUGCCUGGGUUGGAGACCAGACCGACAUUGAUGAGAAGCUCAAAGAAGCCGUCCGAUGCAGGUUACUCUUCCGACACGAGCUCUUGUCUGCAUUGUUUCAAGACCUUGAGGUUCUCGAAACCAGGUCGACGGAAAAUUUUGCGUCAUGUAUAGCUCAUCUGGGUUCCUUGACCGAAUCUGUAUCGCUAGGGAAGCCAGUACCGGAGGCAUUCAGCUUAAAAAUCCAGCGCAAGCUGGCGAGCACUGUGCCACCUCGUCCAAUGGUCAAUAUUAGCCAUGAUGAUGCCUUCGCUCACAUGAAGCGAUUGUGCCAGGAUGCGAUAGACAUGCAGCAGAUGCUUGACUACCGCGGUCCCAGCAAUUUCAAAACUGCUGUCUGGACUUUGCUUUCCCGAAAGCCGCAACCCUCGAUCUACAUUCGCUGUCUCCUUCAAGCAUUGAUUGUCAGCAAUAUGACCAUUCUUGGUGCUGUGCCUGUCAAGGACUUCUUGUAUGACGACUUGGCGGAACUCGUAUUGCCUGCUAGCAUUCUACUUGAGGCCAAUACCGACGACGUCGAAAUGCCCUCUGAUCCUCGGUUCCAGAUUGCACAGAAGAUGGAUGGCUUUUUAAAAAGAUUCGCCCAACCCUUCGUGGAUACUGUGCGAUGCGCUUGUAUGAACCGUUGUCGUAUCAGACGGACGAUUUGCCAUACCAUUGUCGAUUGGGAUAAUCUGCAAAUUGAGGCUGAAGAACUUGAUCUUGAGCUUCGUACCUUGAGCGCAGAACCACCAUUGCAAUUCCAAGGCGGCGAGCCGACUUGGUCUUUCCCAUUGAGCAGUUGGGCAUACAACCAAAAGCUUGUUCAAUUCCGACUCAUUCUUCAGAUGGGCUUUGAGCUCUCGAUCUAUUCCCCAGAAGAGCUACCGGGCAUGUACUGGUAUCUCUCGCAUAUCUGCUCAACUCACCUUGGCCACAUUGAUCGCAUUCGCACGUUCACGGUCGCGGCAAGAAAGCGAGACUUGAUGUCUGCUGGCACACGCACCGGAGGCUCUUCUCAGAAGGCAUCCGCCUUCCACAAAUCAUUCCAUGCUCUGGAGAGACUGACCACCCACAUCAUUGCGGUCGAUGCCUUUGCAAUUGCCUUGCAUGCAUUAUAUGUGGUUCUGGCUCGACACAAUGUGCUCCCGUCCGCCUCUUCUCCACAGGCCUAUUCUAGCGACCGCCUCCGCUACGAAAUCCGCAUGAAGCCAUUUAUCCCCAUCACGUUGCCUGAGCUUGUUCCUUACGAUGAAUACAAGCGCGAGGCAGCCCUCGAGGGCGAUUCAGACAUAAUGAUCCUGGAACGCGCCUCCAAGGCAAUCACUGAAGCUAGAAAGGCAUGGGAGGCUACCCUUGCUAACGGUGCCUUCAUCGAUGACCCCUCCACUCCGACUCAGCCGGCUCCUGUAGCCAUUGAAGAGGAUUGGAAGCGUGAUAUCAAGGAUACCAUGCGCGCCUGUAUUGGUACCAGCCUUACCAUUGAGGCGGUCAAAAAGGCACUCGCGACCUCCUCGACCGAGACCCACCCUCUCAACUUGGAGGUUGUUGUUCCUGAAGUUGGCUCCAAGACUCGAUGGCAUGAUUGGUGGGUGGUACCCCAGAUUUCCGAGAAGAAGUAG